AUGGCUGGCUUCCUUCUUGGCCCUAUUUUUCAGCCACCGUCGGGGCUCUUGAGUUCCCCCAACGUGAGAGCUGUUACUGCGAAUCUGUCUACAUCCUUAAUUGAGGCCACUUAUCAGGGCCAUAGUAGCUAUGGAGACUUCACUGCCAAUUCGUCCUCAAUCUCCAUCACGGCAUUGUCCACCCAGGAUGAUCAGAACUCUCCCUUUUUCGAUUUCCAUUUCUCAUCGCCUUUUGUGAACCAGUCGGCUGGUAGUACUGAAAACGUGACCAGUACCUCCUUGUACAGGAUCGGUAGCAUUUCCAAGCUCUUCACUGUGUAUACACUUUUGGUCAAUUACGGUUGGGAGCAUUGGGAUGACAGCAUUACGAAGUAUCUUCCUGAACUUCAAGGCGCUGCUAAUCUUGAUGAUGAUACUUCGGUUGCGCAUAUUGACUGGAGCAAGAUCACGAUCGGAGAUCUUGCCUCACAGCUAUCUGGUAUCGGCAGGGAUUAUUCCUAUGGAGACUUGGCCAAUAUUGAUGUCUCUUGGUCAGAAGCUGGACUACCUUCACUGUCACCAGAAGAUGUUCCCCAAUGCGGUGGCAAUGCUAGCAUGUCACCAUGUGAUCGCAACGGUAUCGUGCUUGUUAUCCACAUCUCUCAAUAUUCAUACUCAUCGUUUCUCUUUCUAGAAUAUUUCCGGGGUCUACUUCGAAGAGCUCCAGUUUUUGCACCGCAAACGACACCUGUCUAUUCAAACACUGCCUACCGAAUGCUCGGAUACAUCUUGGAAGCAAUCUGUGGUACUCAGUUCAAUGAACUGCUACAGUCUUCAGUCCUUCGACCUUUGAAUCUGACAACCACCACUUCUGCGAUUCCUACGGGCGAAGGCUCGUGGGUAAUUCCAAACGGUGAGAGUGGGUGGUAUCAGGACACGGGUGACGAGACACCGCAGCUUUCUCCGGUCGCCACUAGACGCUGGAUGAAGCCGAGCUCCCAUACCUCAAGUCUUUCUUUAUCCGUGGGAAGCCCCUGGGAGAUCCUGAGGACCAAGAGUCAGAUAUCCCACGGCCGCACUAUUGACCUGUACACUAAGUCUGGGAGUAUCGGUCAGUACAACUCGCUUCUGAUUAUCUCCCCGGACUAUGGCGCUGCGCUUUCGAUAAUGGCAGCCGGUCCAAGCAGCGCGGCGGUUGUUGAAGCUGCUUCCGAAAUUGUCCUGCAGUCUUUGAUCCCGACUCUGGAGAAUCAAACUCUUCACGAAGCAUGCAAGGCCUUGUGCGGAACUUAUGAGUCGUCCGAUCGGAGUAAAAACUCGAGUCUUACCGUGUCCGUGGACAGGAAUGGUCUCCGGGUGGAGCGGUGGAUCAAUCGCGGUGUCAACUUUCAGGCAGUUAUACAGGCUUAUGCUUCUCAGACCGGCAGCCCGCCCAUUAAAGUGAUCCUGCAGGCGACGAAUCUAGGAUAUUCGCCAAAUAGUCAAGGCAACGAUGUUAGGUCUCGUCGCGUGGCAUACCGAGCGAUUUUUGAGAAAGACACGAAUGAGCCGACUGGCCAACACCGGAUUAUGGACCAAAGCGCAGGACUAUGGAGCUCUGUCGAUACUCCAAUGUACGGGGAAAUUGCUAUUGAUGAGUUUGUCGUUCAUUUGGGCCAUUCUGGGAUCGCUUUCGCGAUAGAGCCUCGAGUUAUGAGAGACAUGCUGUACAAGGUUGAUGGCGGAGCAGGCAACUCUCCUCGUUUCACUCAUAUUCAGACGCCAAAAUCCUAG